AUAGAUUUGAUACAGCAACGUUGCGUUCCUGUGCGAUGUUUAUUCUUCUUUUUUUAUAUUAAUGAUAAUCGAACAAAAACGUACAAUCUGAGUUCUUCUUCGAAUUCAGCGAGGGUUGUCCACCAGAAUUUUGAUGUUUAGAAACUGAGAGAUAAACAUGUCAUGAAAAAUACAGAUUGCGUGAUAUUUUUCUCGUAAUGCUCUUCGAUUAACUAUCAAUUUUGAAAAUGCAGGUGCCUUUUGAAAGUAACUCGAUUAAAAUGUUAUCGUUGAAUAAAGGUAACCGAAAUUUAGUGUGCUUGUUACGAUAACUGUAUAUCUUGUUCGUUAAAUUCUGGAAUGUUACGCGAGACGUAAAGAAUUCCCUAAUUCAUGGAAAAAAGUAUAUUAAACGAGGAAAGAGGAAAAAUAGAAUCGUAAACAUGGAUUUAACGAUACGAAUUUGAAAAAUGAAUCGCUUGUCUAUAUCGUACGUAGAAAUGAUAAAUGAAUUAUAAUGUAGUCCGUAUUGAGAUGUAAUCGUUGAUAAACAAUUUGUGGGAUUACGUUAACUAUGAAAAAAAAAGACUUACUCAAAGGUGGAAGAUAGAAAUUUCGAUAAGAGUAACGUCAUAAAUAUUAAAUAUACAGUGUUCGAUACUAUACGAUUGUAUAGUACCAAUAACCGUAUGCAUGUUAUCUUGUAUAUGUGUCACUAAUACACGCACGUCUACGCGGUAUUUCAAUCAUACGUGGCAAUGUUCAACAGGAAUAAUUAUUUUAGAGAUUUACUCUGACAAGCUGAUCGCAGAUAGCAGGAAAGAAGUCUAAGUUAUUAAAUGCAAUAUGUAAUCUAUGUUGUGAAUACAUUUUAACAGAAACACUAGAGAAUAAUGCAACAGAAGAGGAAGAAAUCAGGAACGAUGCGUGCAUUAAUUCUUGUCGGUGGCUAUGGAACUAGAUUGAGACCACUCACCUUGAGUCGACCUAAACCAUUAGUCGAGUUUGCAAAUAAACCAAUGCUUUUACAUCAAAUAGAGGCUCUGGUGGAAACAAAUGUAACAGAGGUAAUAUUAGCUGUCUCGUACCGUGCAGAGGAAAUGGAAAGAGAUUUGGGUGAUGCAGCAAAAAAACUAGGAGUAAACUUAAUUUUUUCACACGAACCAGAACCUCUUGGUACCGCAGGACCACUCGCGCUAGUGCGCGAUCUUUUAAGUUCAGGGGACGAGCCAUUCUUUGUUUUAAAUUCCGAUAUAAUUUGCGAUUUUCCGUUCAAGCAACUUCUCGAUUUCCAUAAAAAUCAUGGUAAAGAAGGAACGAUUGUUGUUACUAAAGUAGAAGAGCCGUCCAAGUAUGGAGUGGUUGUUUACAAAGACAAUGGGCAAAUAGAAAGCUUUGUAGAAAAACCGCAAGAAUUUAUCUCUAAUAAAAUAAAUGCAGGUAUGUACAUCUUCAAUCCAAGCAUGCUAAGAAGAAUAGAAUUGAAGCCUACGAGUAUAGAAAAAGAAGUCUUUCCGCUGAUGGCCCAGGACGGAGAAUUGUACGCGAUGGAUUUAACAGGAUUUUGGAUGGACGUAGGACAACCGAAAGAUUUUCUUAAAGGAAUGAGUAUGUACCUGACAUCUCUAAGACAAAAAUCACCGGAAAAGUUAUAUUCGGGUCCAGGUGUAAUAGGUAACGUUUUAAUAGACGAAACAGCAAAGAUCGGUAAAGACUGCAGGAUAGGUCCUAACGUCACAAUUGGUCCUGGAGCUGUAUUAUCUGAUGGAUGCUGCAUUAAAAGAAGCACCAUCCUUAAAUCAGCUAUAAUAAAAGAACAUGCGUGGCUAGAUGGGUGUAUCGUAGGCUGGAGGAGCGUUGUAGGACGUUGGGUACGGAUGGAAGGUAUAACUGUACUUGGCGAAGAUGUAAUCGUUAAGGAUGAAUUAUACAUCAAUGGUGGUCAAGUUUUACCUCAUAAAAGUAUAUCUAGUUCUGUACCGGAACCGCAAAUAAUUAUGUGACCAAAGACAAUAUUUCGAAAUAGACAGACUGGGCAUUAUAAAUGACCAAACUACGAGAUUUUUUAUACACACAAAAUUUUUAUCAACUUUUUUAAUUACACGUAAACUAGUAUCAAAUAAUUAUAUUCGUUUAUAUUGUUUAAACAU